AUGUUUUCUAAUGCAAAUUUCCUAUUACCAUUGUUUAUAGCCCCUACAGUUCUUGGAUUGGUAUCCAAUUCUAGCUCACCUGUGAUUGCGGUUCCAUCCAGUGAUGCUAUUGUUUCUGGUAAUGAUACCUCGACACAUGCACCACUUCCAUCAUCUACUGUACCAGUCUUCUACAAUUCCACUGCUACUACAACUCAGUACGAAGUUGUCAGUAAAUUCACCACUUACUGCCCAGAACCGACAACUUUCGUAACGAAUAAUGCAACCUACACUGUCACUGCUCCAACAAUCCUGACGGUAACCAACUGUCCUUGUACUAUCGAGAAGCCUGUAUCUGAAACUUCAUCUUCUUCUACACAUGAUGUAGAGACAAAUGUCAACGUGGCUAACGCAAAGACAAUUCCAGGUGCUCUGGGCUUAAUUGGUGCUGUAAUGAUGCUACUUUAA